UCAGAUCAGUAUAGCCUAUCUACGAAACCUCAUUGCAUCAUUAUACUUGCAUACAUUUGGAUUUUUUAUAUUUUGUACUCUAAUACAUUUUAAUACAUUUGGUACAUAUUAACACAAAAAAAGUGAAGUGAAGUUAAUUUAACAAAAAAGGAGAGUGAAAACGAAAAGGAUUUAAGGAUAACCGCUUAAGGUAAAAUAUAGAACGAUGUCGAGUGUCCACGAGAAGGGUAUCAGCUUCAAGGAUAAGUCGUCCAUCUGGAAUCUGAGCAUUGAUGUUCAGGGUGUGAUCGAUGCCUUGGACAAUCAGCCCAUCGUCCACUAUCUGAACUUGGAGGGCAACACCCUCGGCGUGGAGGCAGCUGAGGCUAUUGGCGAAGCCCUGAAGCAGCAUCCGGAGCUGCGUCGUGCCAUGUGGAGGGAUCUAUUCGCUCGUCGCACCAAGACUGAGGUGCUCCUGGGACUGCAGCACCUGGCCCACGGCCUAAUGGCCGCCGACUCCCAACUGACUGUCCUGGAUCUGGGCAUGAACAAUUUGGGAACUGAUGGCUUUAUAGGAUUGGAUGCCAUACUCUGUUCACGCUCCUGCUACACGCUCCAGGAGCUCCAUCUCGACAACUGCAGCCUGAUGCCCCAUGCCACCGAUAUGCUGGCCCAUUCCCUGUUCCAGUUGUACCAGAGCGCCAAGAAAGCCAAUACGCCAUUGAAGCUACGCGUCAUCACUUUGGGCAACAACUCCAUGGAGGUGGAAGGAUGCAGUCAGCUGUGCGAGGUGUUCAAGGUCAUGAAAACGCUCGAGGUUAUCGAUCUCAAGCAGAACGAUAUCUUUCUCGAGGGGGUCGACACCCUGGCCGAGGCCUUGGCUGCUAACCUGCAGCUGCGGAUCUUCAACAUGAACGAUAAUAUUCUAUCCGAAGGACUGGAAGGGAUCUGUAUGGUGCUGCCGCAGUUGACAAUGUUGCGUGAAAUCGACUUUGGCGACUGCCUGAUUGGCAACAAGGGCGCCUUCCAACUGAGCCAUGCUCUCUUCAAUCACCUCAAUCACCUGGAGUUCCUCGACUUGGGCUUCAAUCAUAUCUGUGUGGACGGCGGCCUGGCUGUGGUCAAGUCUUUGAAGAACAAGGCCAAUCUACGUUACUUGUAUCUGGGUGGCAAUUGUUUUGGAAGUCGCGGCUGCCAGCGUAUUCUCCGCGAAAUGAAGAAACUGCCAACUGCGGCCGCUCUUGGGCCGUUCGAUGAAGACGUUUCCGAGGACGAUGAGUUCUAUGUGGACACUAGCUUCGACGACGAGGAGGGCUUCGAUGCCACUGACGAUCUCAAUGGGCCUGACAAAUAGGCAAUUCCAAUUAAAUUUUGUUCGCAAUAGCCCCAAAUUAAUUUCAAGCUAUUAUUUCUGUCAUUAUUCCUUUCAUUCAUAUUCUGUCAUAUUCAAAAUUUGCAAAAUGUUAACGAACUGAUGUACUUGGCUGGUACUCUACUGGCUAGUCACAGUAUCGUAUAAUUACAUAAUUAAAUACGUACUAUGUACGUAUAUAUGUACGUUAA